UCGUAGUACGAAUCGCAGGACAUCUUUGCUUGAACAUAAUUUCAGCUACGCAGUUUAGUACCGGUGCACUAUGGCAUCUGUUUUCCCUUACAUUCAAGACGCAAGUGCAAUAUAUAAAGAGAUCCAGAAGAGAGAAGAUGAAGCUGAAGAAAACAGAAGAGCUGAAUAUGUUUCGGCUCUAACUAUUCAAAAAACAGUGCGCGGAUUCCUCGAAAGACAGCAUAUUCGUCGGUUAAAUGCUGCUGCAGUAACUAUUCAGAGACACUGGCGCGGGUAUGUUGGCAGAAAAUUGUAUAUGCUUCUCCUCCAGAAAGCGGUAAACGAUAUGUACUGGCAGCAUUACUGUACAUCGGCAACACAAAUACAGAAAAUAUGGCGAGGUUAUGUUGUUCGAACACGAAUCUUCAAUUAUUACGAGUUCAAAGCAAGAGUUAAAGAGGCGGUAGAAAAGGACGCAGAAUUACUCGAGAAGAUGCAACAGAAUAACCACAGAUUCGAAACAGCGGUAAUGGAUGUGCUUGAGAAUGAAGCUAAGCAGUGGGUGCUGUUUAUUUUGUUUAAACUACAUCAUUUGAUGAGAACUACCAACCAACGCGGUAUAUAUAGUAAAAAUACAGGCACAGAAUUAUCGGCCAUUGAGAAACAACUUAAAAGUCUUUCUUAUACAAAAUAUGUGAAACUUUUGCGUGCUCAGAGGAAACAAGCCAGUAAGAUGAUUUCAUCUUCACUCGCCCUGAAGUAUGGAAUUGAUUAUGGCAAAGAAAUUGAAAAGCUGCAUAAUACCAGCGUGAUUCGUCAGGGUAAAUACGAAGACCCCUCAAACAGAAUUAAGUGUGCUCAACCUAAAGUCAGCCGAUUUUCUUUUCCACGGGUCAGAUACAAUGACAAUCAUCUAAUUAUGAAGCAAGCCCAAUACCAACCUGUGAAGUUCAAUCUCAGGGAAACUGAUCCUGCCAAGAAUGUGUGUGACAACGAAUUCGUCAAUAUUUUACGUCCAAUAGAAGUAUUUGAUAAAAUUAAGGUGUACGAUAAAGAUUCCUUUUGCCCUUUAACAUGUGCUCUGGAAAUUUUCUUAAAGAGAUGUAAUAGUUCUUCUCUAUGAAAGAUACAAAACUGAAAACCUUGA